GCAGCCCAGCCCAUUAGCUAUCGCCACUCUACUCACCGCCACCGCCGGUCCGCCGUCGCCGCGCGCUCACCCUCUCGCCCGCCCGCCUCGCCUCUACCGCCCCCGCCUGCUACUGCUGACGACCGGAGAUGGACGGGGAGGACGAGAACGUCGGACCGUUCCGCCGGACGAGCACCCGCACGCGCCGCAUGGCCACGCGCAUGGCAUCAGCGCUCUCCAGCUCUGACAACCGCGCCCAGGCUGCUUUAGCUCGUCUUGAAGCUCUCGAGAGUGACAAUGCUGGGGUCGAGGUAGUUGAUCUUAAUGAUGACGAGUAUGGUUCCACGGAUGAGGAAGACCCCGUUCUCAUGCAAAAGAAACAGUCCAAGAUUAUGAAACGCAAAACAAGGCAAGGGAAAGCUUUAGAGAAGAGGGCGGCAAGAUCAUUUAUGGAUGUGUUGCAAGAAGCAAAUCUUGAAUCCCUGCCUCCUCAUGUCCCAACAUAUUUGAGGGCUACAGUGGGUCCACCGAGCACCUCAUCUCGGCGCCACUACUGCUCAGUUUGUGGGAGUUCUGCAAACUACACAUGCGUGAGAUGUGGGACACGAUUUUGCUCAUGCCGCUGUCAAGUAAUACACAAUGACACUCGCUGCCUGAAAUUUGUGGCUUGAUCGACUGGACAUGUUCAAGGUACGUUUGAUGUAUGUCCACUCCCUGACGGUUCUUCAUUUCUUCACCUGUGCUUUGAUCAGAAGGAUAUGCUAUUUGUGUAUGUUUUAUUUUGUACUUGGUAGGAGGGUGUAGCUAAGUGGUAGGUCAUCUUCUCACCAGUGUACUGCAGUCGUAAUUGCCAAGUAGAUCUCUUGUAGACCAACCAAUUUUUAUUGAGAAAUUAAUAUUAUGUGUGGAGCUGCAGUUAUGCACUGCUAAUUUUACUUC